AUGGAACAAGCUUUCGUGACGCUUGUCGUAGCGUUCUUUCUCGGUGCGCUCGCGCACAAGCUUCUGAGUGAGAGGAGGACAAGUCCUCCGAUCCGGCCGAGCGGAGACGACUGCGAAGUGCUCUUAAGCUUCGCAGAUGCUCAAAAGAGCUUCGCCGACCUCCUCUACGACAGACUUGUCGGUGUCGGAAUACGUGUCUUCAGGGACCACGAUGAGGUUCGCGCAGGUGAGGAAUUGGGCCCAGAAGUUCUGAAAGCCAUUAACAACGGUGAGAUUCUUAUCCCGAUUAUCUCCGAGAACUAUGCUUCUAGCAAAUCCUGCCUUGACCAACUGGUUCGCAUGAUGGAGCGCCAAAAACACUCGGGGAGGCGCCUAGUGUUUCCCAUAUUCUACAAAGUGAAAGCCGCGGAUGUGCCAGAGCAAAGAGGUAGCUUUGGAGAGGCAUUUGGUUGCUACAGGCGGAGUUUUGACGGAACGCUUGUGGCCGAAUGGAAGAAAGCGCUUAAAGAAGUCAGUGAAUUGACGACGCCAUGGGAAUCAGAGAGUUUUACUGAUGGGCGUGAAGAAGAAUUGGUAAAAUUGGUUGCGGAACAAGUUUCCCAAGAGUUGAAGAGACGGUAUUUAGUCGAUACAGAUUAUUUGGUCGGAAUUGAUAGCCAUGUGGACAAGGUCAUGCAAUUAAUAGAUGAGCGUUCUAGUGCUGUCGUAAUUGUGGGAAUCUAUGGAAGGGUGGGCAUCGGUAAGACGACUCUUGUUAAAGCCAUCGACAAAAAGCUGUCCAGUCCAUCGUACUGGCAUAGCUUCAUUGAAGACAUCAGGAAAUCAUGUAAUCGCAAUAGUAUUGUGAACUUGCAAAAUCAGUUAAUCACUGAUAUGUUGGAAAGAAAUGAUUUUCAAGCGAGUGAUGUACCACACGGAAUCUCUAUCCUCACAUCCGUAUUUAAAGAUAAGAAAGCGCUCAUUAUUCUCGAUGACGUGGAUAACACUGAGCAGUUAGACGAUUUGGUUGGAAUGAGUCAUUCAUUGGCGCCUGGAAGUAGGAUCUUUUUUACGACUAGAAAUGAGAGUGUUCUUGGUUGGGCCAAAGUUGACCGCAAGUACGGAGUUUACCGCAAGUACGCGCUUGAGGAACUGAAUGAGGAGCAGCGUUUGAUCCUAUUUUCUAGACAUGCAUUUCGAAGAGACUCUCCUCCCAAUGAGGAGUUUUCAGCUCUUGCUCGUCCUGUGGUAUCUAUGACGGGAGGCCUUCCAUUGGCUCUCGAGAUUGUCGGUUCAUUUUUGUGCGGAAAACCAGCGGAAGUAUGGAGAGAGACAAUAAAGAAGAUGGAAAAUAUGCCUCAUAUGGUGGUGCAAGAAAAGUUAAUGAUAGGUUAUUAUCUAUUGGAGGAGAAGCAAAAGCAAAUGUUCCUGGAUAUUGCUUGCUUUUUAAUUGGGAGUGAUGCAAGACUUGCAUCCUACAUGUGGGAUGCCUGUGGCUUUUUUGCAACAGAAGGAAUUGAAGUGCUGAGAUCCUUGUCGUUCAUAAAGAUUGGAGAUAAUCAUGAGCUCCGGAUGCAAAAUCAAAUGAGAGAUCUUGGUAGGAAAAUUGUGCGCAUAGAAAACCCCCGUGAACCUCACCACCGUAGUAGAUUGUGGGAUUAUGAGGAAGCCCUGGGAGUGCUAGAGAGAAAAGAGAAAGUCAUGACCAUUGACAGUGAACAGAAUGUGGAAAUCUGA